AAUUAUUUAUCUUUAUCUAUCACCGAUUUCCCAUGUUAUAUCGGUAUAUUAUUUGACCCUUCUCUCUUUUGAAAUUACAUCGGGGAUGAUAGGAACCGAGCAAAGUUUUUUGACUUUUAAACUUUGUGUAAUUUUGUAUAAAUUCAAUCGUUACCGAGAGAGUAAAGAAGAGAGGUAGGGAGAAAUUGAGGAAAAGGGAAAGGAAAACGGACGUUGCGGCGCGCCUCUCUUUGCUGUUAGCGAGAAAACAGCAGCAGCAGCAACAGCUACAUCAAAGUACUUUAGCAUGCCCAGAAUGUUAGCCGACCAACCCAACCAACCUGGCUGCCUGUCUCCGGCAAGCAAACGUGAAUCGUGAAACGAGCAAGCUAUGUUUAUGACGUCACACUGUUCGUGGUGAUGCUCAGCUCAGGUUGAACGACCCCGAGCAUCGGGUUCAAUAUACCAACUAGUAUAACGUAGUGGUCGUCGCCGUAUUCCUCCUCUUCUUCCUCCACUUCUUUUUCUCUUUCUUCUAUUUCUUCUUCUAAUGCUUAAUGUUGAAUGUUGAAUGUUGAAUGUUGAAUGUUGAUUGAUUGUGAUUGGGCCUUGUUUUGGUGUGCAGCAUAACCGGUAAAUACGAAAAAGGUAAUGAUAGCGAGUAGAAACAAGGGUUUCUUCUAGCAAUAAGUUUUUUUCUUAUUUCUUUGCUUUUAGUUUUCCAUUUUACCUGAGGCGCGUGGGGGUGAAUAUCAUUCUUGCCAUUUAUGCAUUAAAAAAUGAGGAAGUAACUGAUACAAAAUAAAAAAUGAAAAGACAAGAACAAGUAGAGAAUAUUCAAAUACCCGUUAUAAUACAGCCAGUCUUGCGUUACACUCGAUGAGGACAAGUUUUUAGAUCUGGUCUCUUCCUUCCCUCAGGAAAUCGGGAACGGAUAUAUAGAUAUAAGUAGAAUGGAACGCGCACGCACGCACACGCACGUAUGCACACAAUGAAUGUAUACAGGGUGAGGCAUUUCAAAAUUCAAAGUAGGAAGAUGGAAUGGCACAACCUCAAUUAAAAAAACGACCGAAUUUUCAAAUCUAUCCUACUAUUCGAAAGACAUAGUUUCGCAAGGGAGGCCUCCCUUUCGGAUCCCACUAUGCAACAUUAGGCUCUUCUGAUUCUCGAAGUUCGAAAAAAAUUAUUGCAUAUCAAGAAAAACAAUGGCAAAACACGCACACAUCGGCCAUGUGUAAAUCCUUAGGUUUUUAAUUUAAACAAAUUGAAAGCGAUGAAUAGAAAAUGAAAAAAUGGAAGGGACGAAAAUGUAUGAGUGAAAAUCUUUUGUUCACUUGCCAUAGUGUUCCUAGGGCAUACGGUACGCGGGUUGUAUUUUCUAGACCCCUAAAUGCCAGAAAAAAAAAUUAACAACACAUCUCAGGUGUUCCUAAAAGUGAAGUUCUGGACCUGGAGUAUUCGUUCUCCUUGUGUCCGAUCUAUUAUUAUCCUCUUGUCAGCGUAUUUUAAUUUUUUUUUUCGCUUUUUUUCUUCUAUUCCUCUGUCCUCUUUUCCUCGUUUCCUCUUUCUUUGAUCUGGACACUUGUAUAUUUUAUCCCAGUUUUUUUUUCGAUUCAUUAUAUAUUUUUUCCCAUUAAUUUUCUACCCCAACCCUUUUCAUUUAUUGUUUUUCUCGGAACAAAAAAAGAAAAAGAAGAAACGAUGAAUAAUUGUUCGGAAUCCGUUCAUCCGUUGAGUUUUUCAUUCUUUCCAAAUAGGCCUUUGUAUUUUUUCUGGUUUCCCCCCUUUGAGCCGCCCUGUGCGUAACAAGCGUUAACCCCGUUAUAGAAGAUCCCUGGUUCAUAUUUUCGUAGAAAUUUGUAGACGAUGUCAAAUUAGAUAAUCGAAAACGAUCGGAUUGGAUCGGUUCGAAUCAGAUCACAGAACGAGCAUCGACAGCGCAUCGCAUCGCAACGCAUCGUAUCGUGCUGCGUUCCGUCGGUUGCGCAGCGACGCAGCGACAGUACUGCGUUUUUAGAUGGAGAAUGAAGAGGAAAAGGACUAGGAGUGGGAGGAGAAUAAACGACUAGCAGCGUCAUUGUGAACGUUCAUCGUAUGUUUCGUCAGUUGUGCGAGUGCCUUCGUCGGAGGAGGAGCCUCGCUCUCAGUCUCACUGCCAUUUUACAGACUAAAGAAACCUAGUAACGAUAGAAUUUGAAAAAAAAGUAGUUCGUUCAUUAGUUGGCUCUUUCAUUCUAUAAUUGAAUAUUUGAAACAUUAAAAUGAAAGGAAUAAGUAAUAGUAAUAAUAAAAAUAACAAUAACAACAAUAACAAUAAUAGUAAUGGUAACAAUAACAGAAAAAAUAAUAGUUACAUUUGUGUUUUUGUGCUUGCGUGUCCUCUGUCGCUGUGUGUGUAAAAAAAUUGUGCAUACGUGUAUUAUUUAUUUGUAUUUAAUGAAAUUUGAACGAAAAUAGCAAAAAAUAGGUUACACGUUGUUCACGAAUACAUUCAUCGAAUUAUAAUUAAUGAAAUUUCGAAUUCAAGAAAGUGAUUAUUAUUAUAUUUAAUAUCGCUAUCACGAGUGAAUGAGUCAAUAGUUAUUAGUGAUCACGAGUGAUCAAAACCACGAGGGAUAAAAAAAUCAAAAAAUCAAAGAAAAAAGAGUGACGAAAAUCCCAGUGCAUUUCCACAUGGAAAUGAUAAUUAACAAGUAUAACAACACAUUGAUAAUAGCGAUGACGAAUAAAUUUUACAUGCAAUAGAUAAUUUUUAUUCAUCAAUGGAUUAGUCAUGGAAGUUGCUUCUUUUCUCAUUUUCGACAAAAGUAUAUGCAGUUAAACAACGCUGACCAAAAUGCGUUUUUGAAUAUCCAUUACUAAUAUCGGUGAAAAAAGGAUACCAAAAAACAAACCUUCAAUCAAAUAUCCUGAUUAAAUAAAUGCACUUGUAAACAAUUUAUUUCACGUAUAUAUUUCAUAAAAAGAUAAUCAUAAAAUUUUCAUCAAAGUGUAUCAAUUGUUUGUCAUUACAAUUAUCAACUCAUACCGAACCUGCACUUUAAAACAUCCAUAAUAAUAUCAAUAAGAAGAAGUGCUGGAAUAAAAACCACGAUCAAAAGAAAUGGCACUCUUGUGAAUUCUAUUUUCCCCCUCUCUUUUAUUUUCUCAAUGAAUAUAUAAAUAAAUGCAAUGAAAAAAAGCACAACGAACGAAAAUUGCGAGCAAUAAAUAUUAAUUUGGAUAAUAAUGAUAAAAAAACAACAACAACAACAAUAAUGAUAAUGAAAAUAAUUGUUCGGCGAGUGAAUCAGUGAUACUGUGUGAAUAAUCUUUUGCUGCUGCUGUUGUUGUUAUCAUUGAUCAUUAUCAAAUCAUAUUGAAUAAUAUUGUGGGAGAAUCGUGUGACCAGAAAAAAGAAGAAACAAAUCGAGUUAGUUCGGCCAUAGUCAUGCACCACCGAUGACCGUCAGUCUUUCCGAGGGCAAUAAAGGCGUUUCAACAGGUACUAUGGGUGGAACCAGGAUUCUCGCGUGCCUGCGAGGUACAUUUGAGACUUGGAUUAAUGUUGAAAGUGCAUGCUGACUUCGAAGCUGCUUUGAAACAUUUGACGCUUGCAUUAAUCGACGCCACGACACCCGCCUCGUUCACAAAAUUAGAGAUUAAAUUUCACAUCGCCCACCUUCACGAGAUUCAAGGAAAGUAUAAAAUUGCUAAAGAACACUACGAAGGUUUACUUAAGGAGAAGGCCUUACCUUCGCACUUAAAAGCCGAUAUAUGUCGUCAGUUAGGGUUGACGAAGGGGAAUGAAGGGGAAAGGGAAACAGGACAACGGGGCUGGGAGGGGGGAGUAGGAGAAGAGCAAAGGAGAAGACGAAAGUGGGAAUUCAGAGAAGGGAUGAAUUCUGUAGGCUCGCUCCGAUGGAUGUAUCAUGUCAUUGACUGCACAGUUCUUGGUGUAACAAGACAGCAAAAACAGGCGAUUGCUAUUCACUGUUUACAAAAAUCUAUAGAAGCUGAACCAAAAAGUGGACAGAGCUUGUAUCUGUUAGGACGCUGUUUAGCUGCCUCUGGAAAAGUUCACGAUGCUUUUAUAGCAUACAGAAACUCGGUUGAAAAGUCUGAGGGAAAUGCGGAUACUUGGUGCAGCAUAGGUGUUCUUUAUCAACAACAAAAUCAGCCUAUGGAUGCUCUUCAGGCUUACAUAUGCGCCGUACAGUUAGACAAAUCUCAUUCCGCCGCUUGGACUAAUCUUGGUAUUCUAUACGAAUCUGUUAGUCAACCUAAAGACGCACUUGCCUGCUACGUCAACGCUUCCAGAGGAAACAAUAACACCCCAAGCGCAGCAAUCCCACUCGCGGGUUUGGCUGGCGGAAAGUCAAACGGUGGCACACCGAUGAACCCAUCCCUUCAACAGCGGAUAAACUUCUUACAAAGCCAUCUCAGCCAGGCACCGAUGCCUUCAAUAGCAACAAAAAGGCGGCAACUGCCCCCGAUAGAAGAAGCGUGGAACCUACCAAUUAGUGCGGAAAUGUCUAGCAGGCAACAGCAGCAACAGCAACCUCCGGGAGGCGUGGGUUACAAAUAUACAGCCACACCACCCGGACCACCACCUCCAUAUCCUCAGGGACAAGGACAAAAUCUAAACUCAAAAAGAUUUAAGCCUGGAGAAGAACCGAUUUCACCAGGAGGACAACAGAGACCACCUCCGUUUUAUCUCGCUCCUCAGCAGCUACAAAUGCUGCAAUUUUUGCAACAAAAUCACGGAAGUCUAACGCCUCAACAGCAAGGACUUUUAGUCCAAUUACAACACCAGUAUAGAUUAAUGCAGCAGCAUCAACAGCAGAGUAGAUUACAACAGCAGCAAGCUGCACAACGUGGAUUGAGACCUGGACAACCUGGAUACCCUACUGUAUAUGCUCACGCACCACCUGGACAAACUGGAGUAGUUAAAAAUUACGGAAUUCCUCAACAACCGCAAGGUGGUACGGUGGCACUUCAGACUGGUUUCUCCGAUUCUAUUAUUGGCUACAACGCUGCAGCAACUGGAAAUGCACAGCAGUCACCAGGCAUGCCUUACAAAUCAGCUUCAGACCCAAAUUAUCCACAACGACAAGCUCCUUCCAGUGGACAAUUCAAUCAGUAUCCACAAUCUAAUCAAUAUGGGGCGCAGGGUUACACGCAGAUAUCAUCCACAACGAAUAGUUAUCCCGAAGGAUCGGCAGGGAAUAAAGAUCUAGGAGUUACAGAUCAGGAAUUACAAGCUCUUCUUUCGCAGAAAGAUAUAGCAACAUCAUUAGCAGAAGAUCUUCUGAAACAUUUUGGAUCUGAGGAUCUUGACGUCAAAGAAGAACCCUCUGCAAUUACUAAUAAUGGCACACUUAGUUCCGGACCAUUUUCACCAUCAAAUAUCAAUGAUGUUGCUGCCGAUAGAUUCAAAGACAUUAAAGUUGAAAAGAUUGACGAUCCGAUGCCAAAUUCGGUGUCGUUGUCAAAAAUUGAAGGAGAAAAAAAUAAUAUCAGUUCCGUUGAAACUGUCAAGUGUGAGGCUACUUCUAGCACUAAUAAAAUUGAACCCAAUCCUAGGAUUGAGCAGACACUCAAAUUAGAGAGUUUGUGCGACGCUCAGCCUGAAAAUGAACUUAGCAUCGAAAUGGACUCAAAAGCAAUUCUCGACAGUUCCAAAGGACAUGGGCUCAAGGGUGUUCCAACCUGCUCGAUAUUAAGCGAUCGAUCUUCACCCCCAGCACCUCCUGAUCCACCUAGCCAGAGGUUGACGAGAGAACAGCUUCUACCUCCGACACCGAGCGUAUAUUUGGAAAAUAAGAAAGACGCGUUCAGUCCACAACUACAAGAAUUUUGUUUAAAACAUCCCAUAGCUGUGAUUCGUGGUUUGGCAGCAGCCCUCAAAUUAGAUCUGGGAUUAUUUUCUACGAAAACUUUAGUCGAAGCUAAUCCAGACCAUGGUAUCGAAGUACGAACCCAGAUGCAACAGACAAGCGAUGAAAAUUGGGAUCCGAUGAUGGGGAGGAAAGUAUGGGGAUGUAUUAGCCACAGAAGUCAUACUACAAUAGCAAAAUAUGCGCAAUAUCAAGCAUCUAGUUUCCAAGAGAGUUUGAAAGAAGAGAGAGAAAAAUCGCAGGGAGUUCAUGCAGCUAAUUUAUCAGAUUCAGACUCAAAAGAUAGCACCGGUGUUGUUAAAAGAAAAAAGAAUGUUUUUGGACUCAUGGGAAAACCUGGAUCUAAGAUGUUAAGGUUCGGCACCAACGUAGAUCUUUCCGACGAAAGAAAAUGGAGAGUUCAGUUACAAGAACUUAUGAAAUUACCAGCAUUCGCAAGGGUUGUUUCAGCUGGGAACAUGCUCAGUCAUGUCGGACAUGUUAUUUUAGGAAUGAACACCGUGCAGCUAUAUAUGAAGGUUCCGGGGAGUCGGACGCCAGGUCAUCAGGAGAACAAUAAUUUUUGUUCCAUCAAUAUAAACAUCGGCCCCGGCGAUUGCGAGUGGUUUGCAGUACCAGACGCUUACUGGGGUGUCAUAUGCGCUCUUUGCGAACGGAACAACAUUAAUUAUUUACAUGGAAGUUGGUGGCCAUCUCUCGAAGAUCUUUACGAAGAAAAUAUACCGGUAUAUCGAUUUUUACAGAGACCCGGAGACCUUGUUUGGGUUAACGCAGGCUGUGUUCAUUGGGUUCAAGCUGUCGGAUGGUGUAACAAUAUAGCUUGGAAUGUUGGCCCGUUAACCGCGCGUCAAUAUCACCUAGCGAUCGAGCGUUACGAAUGGAACAAGCUUCAGUCUUUCAAAUCAAUCGUACCGAUGGUUCAUUUGUCCUGGAAUCUAGCCAGAAACAUCAAAGUUUCCGAUCCUAGAUUGUUCGAACUGAUCAAAAACUGCCUACUGAGGACAAUGAGACAGUGUUGUCUGAUCCUCGAAUUUGUAAGAAGCAAAGGUAUUGAGGUCAGGUUUCACGGAAGGGGUAAAAACGAGGCUUCUCAUUACUGUGGACAGUGCGAGAUUGAAGUUUUCAACAUUCUUUUUAUACGGGAACAGGAAAAACGUCAUGUCGUUCACUGUAUGGACUGCGCACGUAAACAAGCGCCCUCUUUAGAUGGUUUUGUUUGUCUAGAAGAGUAUAGGAUGAGAGAAUUGAUGGACGUUUACGACGGUUUCACAAUGCAUCCAUCCUUGCCAUCGAUAUCUGCACAAACAAUUCAGUCCUCUUGAGGUUACACCCAGCACAGGUACCUUGAUUACCUGGAUACAUUGCAGUGAUAAUCUAUUAGCAAUCAAUUCAAAGUGACUAUUAAAAAAAAAAAGGGAAACCAAGUUUUUGGUGUUAGACACCGAAUAAUAAUUUAUCGCUCGGAACUAAGUGUGUUAUAUGAGAACUAAUCCGCCUGAGUGCCAUAAGAAUAUUGUUAUAGAAAGAAAUUAUGGGAAAAAGGAAAAAAGUGUUCGGUAGUUCCUCGGGGAACAAUUACUUAGAAGUUUAACAAGAAAUCUUUAAAUAAGUGGAAAUUUAAACAAAGACAAAAAUGAAUAGUAAAUACCUAAUCGUCGCGCGCACGCCUUAAAUAUGAAUUCAACCGCAGAUAAUGAUAAUAGACGUCAUACAUAUGUGUAUUAUAAGUGAAAGUUCAACGAUUUCAAGCGUUUUAUUCUACACUCAACGGUAAAUAAGUGGAUAAAUGAAUUAAUGAAUUUAACAAGGUGGUGAAAAUACAAGUAAGAAUAACAUCGAUUAUGCGGAACAGAAUUACUUUUUAUACUCUUCCGUUUUUUUUUUUUUAAUUUAAAUUUUUUACUAGUUUCCUACCGGUUAUAAUGGCUAAUUUUUAGCAAAAGAAGAAUUAGUACGUAAUAAUGGAAUGGUAAUCUAAGGAAGAGGUAAGGUGGUGUUUUUCGACGGCUGACGGCGGGUCGAUAAUUUUCUCAUUGAAAUAAUUAUUUGAUCUCGUCGACGCCUUAGCUAGCCAAUAUUAUAAUAUCUGUAUGGUUCGAUUUAUCUCGAAUAAAUGAUGCGUAGUGUUAUGUGUAAAUAGUAAUAUGCGUAAAAUGUGAAAAAUUAAACCGUGGAGUAAUGAGUGGAAUAAAGGGAAGAAAAGUCGAAAACAAAUCCUAGGUAUGGAGAGAGAAAGAGAGCGAACCUUUUCCGAAACUGGCCAGAGAGACGAUCGCGUGAUAGUUACAACAAAAAAAAUAAAUAAAUAAAUAAAUUAAAUAAAAAUAAAAAUUUCAACUAAAAUAUUAAAAAAAAAAAAAACAAAA